ACUAGGGUCAUGGCUGCUGCUCUGGCCACGCUUGGUCUCCUGGGCAUUGCCCAGGCCACAUCCGGCUUUGUUCCUCGAGCGACUGGGUCGCUGGAUUCGUUUCUGUCGAAAGAAACCCCGGUCGCCCUACAAGGCAUUUUAAACAACAUUGGAGCUAGUGGCGCAUUCUCCAAGGGUAUCAGCGAGGGCGUUGUUGUCGCCAGCCCUAGCAAGACCGAUCCCAACUAUUGGUAUACGUGGACCAGAGACUCUGCUCUCACCCUAAAGUGUUUGGUUGAUGAAUUUAUCGGUGGAAACUCGGAUCUGGAAUCCGUCAUCAAAGAGUACAUCAGCACGUCCGCCUCCAUCCAGGGCAUUUCAAACCCGUCCGGCGAUCUGUCCGAUGGAUCCGGACUCGGAGAGCCCAAGUUUAUGGUCAAUGCGACCGCUUUUACGGGCGACUGGGGUCGUCCCCAGCGCGAUGGACCGGCCCUGAGAGCGACAGCCAUGAUCUCAUAUGCCAAUUAUCUGAUUGACAAUGGAGACGAUUCUACCGCGGAGUCCAUCAUUUGGCCGAUUGUGAAGAACGAUCUGGCAUAUGUUUCGCAGUACUGGAACAAGACAGGAUUCGACCUUUGGGAAGAAACUGAAGGAUCAUCCUUCUUCGCCACCGCUGUCCAGCACCGCGCUCUCGUUGAAGGCGAGGCCCUAGCCAAGUCUCUUGGCAAGUCCUGCGACGACUGCGCUUCCCAGGCGCCUCAGGUUCUCUGCUUUUUGCAGUCGUACUGGAACGGAAAAUCCAUCGUCGCCAACUUUGCCGACAACGGCCGCUCGGGCGUUGAUGUCAACUCAGCCAUUGGUAUCAUUGCCACUUUUGACCCCAAGGGAGACUGUGACGAUGCAACUUUCCAGCCCUGCUCCUCGAGAUCGUUGGCCAGUCACAAGGUCCUAGUCGACUCUUUCCGAGACAUCUUCACCAUCAACGCCAACAUCAGCUCUGGCUCCGCUGUCGCGAUUGGCCGGUACCCUGAAGACGUCUUCCAGGGUGGAAACCCCUGGUAUUUGGCAACUUCUGCUGUUGCCGAAGUGUUGUACGAUGCACUCUACCAGUGGGACAAGAUCGGCUCCAUCAACAUCACAAGCACCAGCUUGGCCUUCUUCAAGGACAUCUACUCUUCCGCUGCAGUGGGCUCAUAUUCGUCCGAUUCAUCCGAGUACAAAGACAUUGUCUCCGCCGUCCAGACCUACGCCGAUGGCUUCUUGAGCAUUGUCGCACAAUACACUCCCAGCGAUGGCACCCUGUCCGAGCAAUUCCAGCGUGACCAUGGCGCUCCCAUGUCUGCCUCGUCACUGACGUGGUCGUACGCCGCGCUGCUCACAGCUGCCUCUCGCCGCGCCUCCAAGGUCCCAGCAUCAUGGGGCGAGAGCUCAGCCGCCAGCAUCCCUUCGACCUGCUCUGCAUCACCAGCCACUGGCAGCUACACCUCUGCCACUGCCACCUCGUGGCCUACUGCUCCCGCGUCCAGCUCGCGCCCGUCUUGCUCUGCUCCGACCGAGGUGGCCGUGACCUUCCAAGAAAUCGUAUCGACAAACGAAGGCGAAGACAUCUACUUGUCUGGUAGCGGUGAAACCUUCGGGAACUGGUCCACCACCGAUGCCAUCUUGCUGAGCCCGCAAGACUACCGCGAUGUCAACAACUUGUGGUAUGUCGCUCUCACGUUACCGGCUGGCUCCAGUUUCGAGUACAAGUACUUCAAGAACAGCAGUGGAAAGGUCACCUGGGAGGAUGACCCCAACAGGUCAUACACUGUGCCCAGUGACUGCGGCGUCAGCACCGCCUGUUUGAAUGACGAGUGGCAGUGA